CACUGGAAGUUCAUGAACAAUGAAUUCACUUCACUCUUCCUGUUGGAACACUUCUGCUGAACUUUUGAACAAAUCCUGGAAUAAUGAGUUUGCUUAUCAAUCCCUCAGGGUUGUGGAUACAGUCAUCCUCCCUUCCAUGGUUGGGCUUAUCUGCUCAAUGGGGCUGGUUGGCAACAUCCUCAUUGUAUUCACUAUAGUAAGGUCGAGGAAAAAAACUACUCCUGACAUUUACAUCUGCAACUUAGCUGUGGCUGAUCUGGUCCACAUCAUCGGAAUGCCCUUUCUUAUUCACCAGUGGGCCCGAGGAGGAGAGUGGGUAUUUGGGGGACCUCUCUGCACCAUCAUUACAUCGCUGGAUACCUGCAACCAGUUUGCCUGUAGUGCCAUCAUGACUGUAAUGAGUGUGGACAGGUACUUGGCUCUCGUCCAACCAUUUCGACUUACAAGUUGGAGAACGAGGUACAAGGCCAUCCGCAUCAAUGUGGGCCUCUGGGCAGCUUCCUUCAUCCUGGCGCUGCCUGUCUGGGUCUACUCAAAGGUCAUCACGUUUGAAGACGGCGUGGAGAGCUGUGCUUUUGAUUUAGCAUCCCCUGACGAUGUGCUCCGGUACACACUUUAUUUGACGAUAACAACUUUUUUUUUCCCUUUGCCCUUGAUUUUGGUGUGCUAUAUUUUAAUUUUAUGCUAUACUUGGGAGAUGUACCAACAGAAUAAGGAUGCUGGAUGUUACAAUCCCUGUAUCCCGAGGCAGAGGGUCAUGAAGCUGACAAAGAUGGUGCUGGUGCUGGUGGCAGUCUUCGUCCUUAGCGCCGCCCCCUAUCACGUCAUCCAGCUGGUGAACUUGCAGAUGGAGCAGCCCACGCUGGCUUUCUAUGUGAUCUAUUACCUCUCCAUCUGCCUCAGCUAUGCCAGCAGCAGCAUUAACCCUUUUCUCUACAUCCUGCUGAGUGGAAAUUUCCAGAAACGCCUGCCUGGACUGCAAAGGAGAGUGAUUGAGAGGGAAAGCCACCACAUGGAAAACACCUUAAAAUCAAGUUUUUAGGGGAGUACCUAGAUCAACAAUCAUCUCAACGGGCAUGUCUAAGUUACUGGUAUUAUUAGAAAGGCAAAUAGUGGAACAGAAGGGUAACCAUUCAAUGCAAUGAGUGUAAUAUGUUACCUUUAGUAAGAUAUGAAAGAUGUAUCUGCACUUGAGAGUAGGGAAUGGAACAGCCUAAGAUACUCAGCUCCAUGGUUAUGGGUGUUAUUUCAGCAUGUUAUAAACUCCUCACUGAUAAAAGUGGCCGUCCAUGACCAUCGACUAAAAACUCACCAAGGAACCUGAGCUCGCCAUCCACACUUUGGUCUCACUGUAACAAUGCCCUUGAAGUUCCUAGGAGAGGGGGCAUCACCUUACAAUGAAGACUUAAAUUUGGCCAUUUUUCAUCUACAAAAAUGUCAAUUUCACAUAGUACAAUCAAAUGUCUUCAACACUCAGUUUUACCUGUUAGCAUAACAGUUACCAUGUAUAAGAUUACAGGUAACAAACUGUGAAGUAUUGUCUCAGUUCGCUAAGCACAGAAAGGUUAAGCAAUAGGCCUAAUGCUGCACAGCUAUGUAAGAGCUGGGCUGAAGUCCAGUUCUGCCUACUUUUGUCUUUUUACUGCAUUACCUUGGCAGCCUGUACCUACCAUUAAGGAGGAAGCCACCAAGUAAUUUUGGAUAUGGGGAUUACUUUUUCCUACAGCCCCACAAGAAAAGAAAGUCUACAAAAUAUUAGUUGAUGGUUUUAAGCAUAUUCUUUUGCAUUUAGCAUUGUUCUCAUACCUACAAAUUAUAGAAACCAGUGUCUCCAUUUUAAUAAAGGUAUUCUUCAGGAUGUUAACAUAUUCUUAGUUACAUAAUUUUUGAGUUACAGUACAUGUUUGUUCAAGGGUACAAAAGUAAUUAGCUCUUAAAUUUGUGGGUGUUCACAUAGGUUGUAUAUAUCUACUAGGAGCCCAGUGCACAAAU